AUGCUGGGGCGAGCUGUGCUGGCGGCGGCAGCCGUGGUCGCGGUUCUUGUUUCACUGGCUGUUGUUUCGGGAAACAGCACUUCCGCCGCUGCCAACGCCAGCGGCGGCCGAAAGCUGCGCGGCCCGCUUAAGGGAGGCGGAAGGGGCGGCCGCGAGGCUCCUUCCUGCAGACGGCCGACUCCUCUGGAUCCUAAGACUGUUUAUAAUUUGGGUUGUCGGCGGUUCAAAUGGAUGUGCAUAGACCAGCAGCAGUUCAUUUCAUACGACCCGCGGUACGAUCCCGCGAGGAGUACGGAAAGACUGCCGUACUUUGACGUCACCGAUAUUGUCUACAACUGGCCCAAUCCUUGGGGCAACGGCGACAAGUUCCUGCGCGGUCGCGGUCUACCGGUACCGCCAGUCGAAAUUCGAGCCAACAGCAGUCAGGAGCCAAGUCCCGAUCUGCAACAUCCGCGAUUCAACAGCUGCGUGUUCCCGCUCGUUUUAUGGCAGAGCAUUACCAGCAUUACGUUCAUCACCACCAUCAACAACAAUAUUCCUCUCACCAUCAUCUUGUCACCAUCAUCAACGUCACCAUCACUAUCGUCAUCUUACCAACGUCGGCCCUCCAAUGGGGGGAAAUGGCGCAACCGACCCAGAUGGAUGUUUAACGUAGGCGAGGUGUUCGAGGCGUCGUACGUACGGCUGUACGACGAGUUUAUGGCAGGUCGUGUCGACCCGCGCAUGACGCUGGUGAUGGCUACCCCCCACGGGUUGCGACUGCCACCUUUCGUGUCCCUCUUCUUUAACGCCCUUUUUGAGCCCCAGGUGACCACUCUGGCGGAUUUAUCACGCCGGCCUGUCGGCUGCCCUUCCUCGUCCGGCUGCUCCUCGUCCUCUUCUCAAGCUAUAAAGGUUGGCAGCAAUGACAUCACCACCAGCAACAGCAGUUCCACCACCAGCUCCACCACCAGCUACAGCAGCAGCAGCCGUUCCCUGCAGUCGCCUCCUCGCAGCACUUCCCCCCCUGCGGGGGAGGAAUACCCGGUGCGGUGCUUUGAAAAGCUCUACAUGUGCAAGGUAAAAAACCGAAAGGACAGCGGUGGCGGCCACUGCGCCGCAGGCACCCACCUUCUGCACCACUAUCACUCCCGGGGUCAGCUGCCCCUGGUCACCGACUUGUUCGACGCGGAGGGCGCAGACCGGGACACGCUCAAGGUGGUACUUGCUUCGCGACCCAACGCCACGGGCCGAGCCAUCCUGAACGAGGAUGAGCUGUUGUACGAAUGCAACCGCCUUGAUCUGGAUCUGAAUUUGGAUCUAGGUAGUGGGUUGGAGACGGAGACGAACGCAGAGGUGGAAUCGAGACGGGCGACGGCGGCAGCAGCAGCAGCAGGGCCACUUUCUUCCCGCAAUCGAUGGAGACGGCGCGUCAAAUGCGUCGUGCAUGUGUUUGGACGCGACCUGCUGUACGACCUGGCGCUUGCAAAGGUUUGUAUGUGCCGCACCGCGGCGGCUGCUGACGGUCAUCUUCGCAAAUCGACCAUGAUCCAGGUAACUGACGUACUUGUAGCUACCCACGGCGCCGCCGGGUACCACUCCUUCUACAUGUCAGCCGGCUCGUCGCUUGUGGAGGUGAUGCCGUACAAAUUCCCGGCCCAAUGGGCCAACCAAUACUACGCAAAAAUGCUGGAGUACGAAAAAAAGGCCGCCAACUCGCUCCCCUCCGAUUUCGAGGACUCUGCGGUGUUUCGAAAUGAGUUCCUGCACCGGGAGCGGCAUGUGAGGUUGCCCUGGGGGGCGCUCAGGCGGCACCUCAUCUCCAUAGCGCAGGUGUCCGGCAGGCCGAUGUCGUACAAGGAUGUGUACAUCGCGGGCAAACACUCCAUCAGCGAUACCUUGAAGUUAGUGCCGAGUGUUCCGGACACGGAGGGAAAGGGCUGGCUGUCGUACACAGGCCCGACGUCGUGA